GCGAAUUCAUAUACUUAUUGUCGUAAACAACGCGUGCUCGUUUGCUCGUUGAUGAGGUAUAAAAUGAUAUUCAUAAUGCGAGCGCUACGUUUGUUAUGUUUAGUUUUAGCUGUAAUAAGUUCAUCGCUGGCCCAGUGUCCGUGGCACAAAGACGUUCCUGAUUUGCAAACGGCCUGCUUAUGUGCAUACAAUUUGGGUCAUGAGCUAUCUGUACAAUGUGAUCAGGUUGAUUUUCCACUAUUACUGGAAGCGCUUAAUCGGUUUGCACGUUCGACACCAAUCGAUUUACUGUACAUCAACAAUUCAACGAUUGAAAAAUUAGAAAAUAAUGUGUUCCUUAAUUUAAAUCUACACAAUGUACAAUUGAGCAAUUGUCAAAUAAAAGCGAUCGAAGAUGGUGCUUUCAAGGGACAAGAAAAACAUCUAAAAAAUUUAAACAUUCAAGACAAUUUAUUGGAGACCGUGCCACAGCGUGCGCUUCGCAUUUUGUCGAUUUUAAAUUUGUUGGAUUUAUCGAAAAAUCGAAUUACACACAUCGGUGAUAACACAUUUUUGGGUCUAUCGAAAUUGUCAACAUUGAAACUCAACGAUAAUAAUGUUACGCUAGCAUCCGGUGCAUUUCGCGGUCUUGAGCAAAGUUUAAAGAAUUUAAAUUUGAAAGGAACGAAACAGAAACGUGUACCUGAAUGUGUUCGUGGCUUGAAAACGUUGGCAUUUUUGGAUCUAUCACAAAAUGGUGUACGUGAAUUGCCCGGUCCAGGUGGUUUGCGCACCUUUGAAGGCUUGGACUCAUUGACCGCAUUGAAUUUAGAACGAAAUUUAAUUCAAACACUUAGCGAAACAUCGUUCGUUGGGGUACGAAAAACAUUGAGUUCGUUGAGUUUAUUGAACAAUUUAAUGGCCGAAUUUCCCGUCGGUGCAAUUCAUUCGCUGAAAGAGCUUCGCGUUUUAGAUAUUGGUUUUAAUUUGUUAACCACUUUACCGGAGACUGCUUUUCGUGGCAAUCCAAGCAUUACGUUGCUUGCACUUGAUGGAAAUCCAUUGCCAACAGUACCAGAAAAAGCAUUGGCACAUUUGAAUCGUACAUUGAGAGGCUUAUCGUUAGGUGGUCGUUUUCUCCAUUGUGACUGUAAACUGAGAUGGGUUGCAGAAUGGAUUCGUAACGGUGACUUGCAAGUAACAUCACGCGAACGAAAUCCACAAUUUUGUGGCUCACCGAAUCGAUUCCGUGAUCGUGGCUUUUACUCAAUUCAACCGGAGGAAUUGUCUUGUCCUGACAACGAUGUUGACUUAUCGGGUCCAAUCGGACUGAUUGAUUCGCUUAAACCAAAGACAAGCUCAACAACACAAACUCCAUCAUCGACGCUAACAACUACACAAACAUCUACUUCGAAUGCCGGCAGUAGCAGCACCAGUGGCAGCAGUUCAACAUCCAGCAAAGAAACAACAAAAGAAAGUACCACAAUUAGUUCAAGCACCGUAACAACAACCCCGUCUUCAACUGUAAAAGUUGUCACAAGCACAUCGACCAGCUCUACGCAAACGACGUUGAAACCGGCACUCAAAAAUAAUAACAAUAAUAAUUGGCGACAAAAUUCAUCGGCUAAGCAAAGACCACCGUUGGUGCUUGGUUUUCCAUCGGGUCGCGGAACUAGCCGUGCCGAGGAAGAUAAAGAAGUUCAAGUAAAGAAUGCAUUCCGUCAAGACAAUUCGGUUAUCAUACAAUGGGACUCGGAUACAACAAAUAUCCUUGGUUUUCGAGUGGUUUAUCGUCUUUUCGCUGAUAAAAGUUUCAAACAAGGACCACCAUUGGAAGCCAGUGAACGUGAAUUCAAAAUUAAAAAUGUUCCACCACAAGAGUGCAUUGUGGUUUGUGUAAUUUCAUUGGAAGAAUUGAACGUGACACCGGAUAGCGUACCAUAUUCGCAAUGCCGUGAAGUGCGAACAUUGUCAUCGCCAACAUCAAACAUGGAUAAAAUCACGAUUGCAGCAAGCGCAGCAAUAUGUGGUACAAUCAUUGUGGCUGUUAUUAUUUUCAUUGCGGCAGGAAGAAGACGAUCGAGAAAAAUGCAACACUUGAAUCAGCAAAAGAGUCCAUUGCCAAUAGCCGGGUUGCCAGUGAAUUGCUGUGGACCGAAUGGGAGUCCCGGACCACUUGGCUCAAUUGCAACAUUAUCCGCUUUCAAUCAUCAUAAGGAUUGGGAUCAAGUUAGUGCAUACAGCGGCAGAUCUAUACCGAGACCGAGAAUUUAUCCAAUGGAAAAUCAAAGCAUAAUCGGCGAUGACAUGCGAAGUCAUGUAUCACAUUUCUCUGGUGUGGUCGGAAAGGUUGCCAAAGCAAGAUCAAUUGCUGAUGGACAAUCGCAGCAUAGUUUCUCAAAUCAUUCACAUCGUGGAUACUUGAAUUCGGCAUUCCCAAGUAAUUUGGUGAAUUCACGGCCAGAAUUACGUCAAUCGAGACAAUCGUUGGCAGCUGCCUCUGAUCGUAUGUCACGUGCUUCAUACGCUGGAUCUGGAAUCCAUGGUGCUGCACAUAGUGUAGUUUCAAGUCGUAGAACAAGACCGAGAUCUCGAUCACGCGAUCAAAUGAAUGGAGCUCAUAUUCAUUCACAUCAUCGCCCGAGUAGUCGGUACUCGACGGCUGGUUCAACUCAUACAUUGAAUAAUUAUUGCGACACAUCCGACAAUUGGACAGAUCAUGAUAUGGAGAUUUAUAUGACACGCAAUGCCACAACACGUAACGGUUUGGUGCCAUUAUGAGAUCAACUUUUCCGAUGCAGAUGAUAUACGAAUACUUUGUUAAAAAUUUACAAUUUACCUGAAAUUUUCUGACAGCCGACCGAUUUCCAUACGGACCACAUAACACAAUCAUUCAAAUCAAUAGAACAAUUAUCAUUUAUUCAACCAAAUAGUUCAAUAGCAACAACAGCAGGAGCAAGUACUGCCAUUACACUAGCACCACCGACAACAUCAAUCACUACACACGACAUUGGUCCGAAUGGCGAGCACAAUGAAUUAGCUUUGUAUUUACUUAAUCGAAUUCCAGCCGGAAUUCAUGUGAUGCACAUUAUUGAAACCAGUUACUGUGAAACCGAAUGCUGUUUUCAAUAUGUGCGCACAACUAAAACCAAAACCAACUACGAUCCACACACCAUCAAUACAAUCGAAGUGUAUCGGGGUCGUCGUCCAAAUCAAAUAAACGAUGCAAUAAACGAAACAUACAUUUAAAGAAACAAA